AUGGCCAUUUCCCCCAGUACCCUCCCCCGGUAUCUGCUCACCCUCGUCCUCCUGCAGCUGCCCAUCCUGGAUGCAGCUCCCACGAAAGGCUUCAGCCCCCUGGAGCCCAUCCUGGCCAUGGUGGGUGGCGACGCCGAGUUGCCCUGCCACCUGUCCGUGAACAUGAGCGCCGAGCACGUGGAGCUGCGGUGGUUCCGACAUACCUUCUCGCCUGCCGUGCUGGUGCACCAGGCCGGGCGUGACCUGGAGGACGAGCAGAUGCCCGAGUACCGCGGGAGGGCCACGUUGGUGCCGGAGGAGCUCGCUGAGGGGAUCGCGGCUUUGAGGAUCCGAGGCAUCAGGGCCUCCGACGAUGGCGAGUACCGGUGUGUCUUCAGGGAGGACUCCAGCUACCAGGAGGCCGCCGUGCGCCUGAGCGUGGCCGCUCUAGGCUCUGAUCCUCACAUCCAUAUGGAAAUUCAAGAGAGUGGAGAGAUCCGCCUGGAGUGUACCUCAGUGGGCUGGUACCCAGAGCCCCAGAUGGAGUGGAGAACAUCCCAGGGAGAGAAACUUGCAUCUGCAUCAGAGUCCAUGAAUGCUGAUGAAGAAGGCCUGUUCACAGUGGCUGCCUCGAUGGUCAUCAGAGACAUCUCCCUGAGGAACAUAUCCUGUUGCAUCCGGAACUCCCUUCUAGACCAGGAGAAAGAAACAGGGAUUGCUGUACCAGCUCGCUUCUUCCCAAGGCUGCCUCCCUGGGUGGUGGCUGUUGCUGUUGUUCUGAUAAUCCUAGGACUUCUCACUACCAUGUCCAUGUUUUUCAUCUGGAGAUUAUAUAAAGAAAGAGCCCAAGAGAGAAAGAAGGCAUUCGGCUCUAAAGAGAAACUCCUGGAGGAACUCAAAUGGAAAAAGGCCACACUGCAUGCAGUGGAUGUGACUCUGGAUCCAGACACAGCCCACCCACACCUCUUCCUGUAUGAAGAUUCAAAAUCCGUUCGGUUGGAAGACUCACGUCAGAAACUACCCGAAAAGGCAGAGCGAUUUGACUCCUGGCCCUGUGUGCUGGGCCGUGAAGCCUUCACCUCGGGCAGGCACUACUGGGAGGUAGAGGUGGGGGACAGGACCGACUGGGCCAUUGGUGUGUGCAGGGAGAAUGUGGUCAAGAAAGGAUUUGACCCCAUGACGCCUGAGAAUGGCUUCUGGGCUAUAGAACUGUAUGGAAAUGGGUACUGGGCCCUCACCCCGCUCCGGACUCCUCUGCCAUUGGGAGGCCCCCCACGCAAAGUUGGAGUUUUCCUGGACUAUGAGGCAGGAGACAUUUCCUUCUACAACAUGGCUGAUGGCUCCCACAUCUAUACUUUCCCCAACAUCUCCCUCUCUGGUCCCGUCCGGCCCUUCUUUUGCCUGUGGUCCUGUGGUAAAAAGCCCCUGACCAUCUGCUCCACUGCUGGUGGGCCUGAGGAGGUCCCAGUAAUCACUGAGGCCCAGGGGUUCUCUAAGGAUAUCCCAUUGUCCCCCAUGGGGGAGGACGCUGCCUCGGGGGACACAGACACUCUCCAUUCUAAACUAAUCUCUGCCCAAGCCAGCCAAGGGGCACCAUAAGGAAUGGCCCAACUUAGCUCAGUUUCUUUGCUCAAACCUUCUUCUCCAUCACCGAGUCUACCUGUGUCAACCAUGCCUUGUUUUUCUUGUUGGGCAGCAAUGAAUUUGUCU